AAAUAGAUUUCAUAUUCAGAUGAGAAACUCUUGAAGAGACAUCCAGACACACUUAUUCAAUUAGUACUGCAAAAAACAUUGCCAAUAAUUUUUGCCUCGAUUUGCGAUACCUUUUAAGUUUUAUGUUUUCGUUCCCACAAUGGACAGUUUACACUGCAAGCCAAAGCUCGUGGGCCCGGACGGACUCAUUGUGAGGAAACGCUUCAAACUCCAUCCGGUUGUCAUUUCUGCUAAACGCUAUGAGGCGAUCAAAGGACGAUCGCGGCAGGACGAGAAGCAUGCCCAGUUGGCGGCCGUGGAGGAGGAACGAAGGUACAGACAGUACCUCAAGGAUGGUAACGAUGCCCUGGUCAGUCUAUUCACGGAUCCCAAUAAAAUUGCCGAAGUAAAAGUGGUGCCCAAGGAAGACAAGACGGCGCCCAAAAUAGUGUCCACCAAGCAGGCGGACGAACGCAUUCGGAAAGAGCGCAUCAUUCGGGCCAACAAGCUAUUGAACAAUUUAAAGCCCGGGCCACGAGCCCUCCAGCAGGCGUUGCUGCUCAGUGAGAUGAUCCACCAGCGCCAGUACAAUGAGGCUCUGAACGCGGAGAUAGCGGAGAAUGCUCGCCGGCAGGAGGAGGCCGACGAAGCCCUGUGUCCAGCUAUCUUAGUGCCUUUCGGCCACGCCACCGAGGAAGAGGAGAAGGCACGGGAAGAGGCCAAGAACUUGGCCCACGCCAAGGCCAUGCGAGAGGACAUCGCACGGCGUGAAAAACUCCGGGAGGCGGAACGCGAUCAAAGGGUAUUUGAGGAGCAGGUGGAUCGGGCGCAGUACAAGUGCCUGCAGGAGAAAGAGGAGAAGGCGGCCAAGGAGAAGAAGGCCAGGAAGAUUGCCUUCUACCGCAAAGCACUCAAGGAUGCCGUCGAGGAGAAGGCAGAGAUUGCAGAACAUGAGCGCAUCUGCGAUGCCAUUGACGAUCGUCGCAAUUGUGUCUACAUUGUGGCCAAUCGCCACUUGGAAUCACGUUACGGCACUCACGUCAAGCAACUUCGUCAAAAGCUGCUGAAUGAUCGGGAGAAGCAGGCCAUCCGGGUCAGCGCUGAGCAGGAGGUUGCGAAGAAGGAGUUGCAGGAGCGAAUGGCGCGAUUGGAGGAUCAUUACGCCUUCGAGGUGGAGGUCGACGAGAAUCGCCGACAGUGCGAACGCCAGGUGUUGGCCUCGCAGCGGCGGGCUUACCAAAAAGUGGAGAAGGAACAGAAUGCGGAGAAGAUGCGCCAGGAAGCGGAGCUUCAACGAUUCCAGAUAGCUACGCGCCUUAAGAACAUGGAGGCCAAUCGCUUCUUCAACGCAUCCCAGAAACGUAAACAGGAAAAAGCCAAGAAGGAGCUGAAGGACAUACUGUUCGGUCAGAGGGACGAGUUCCUGGCGCGACGCCGGGAAGAAAUGAUGAACCUGACCGCCUGCAAUGAGGAUCCCUAUCUCGAGGACGACAAGCUGUUCUUCGAACAGGCCGUCGAUGCCAUGGAGGCCUCCCGCAAGGUGGGACGUCCUCUUUAUCCCUUGGCCCAAGCAGUGGAGCGUUACGAGAGCGAGAAUCUGCUGGACAUGAAGCCGGAGGGCAGGCUGGUGAAGAGGAGCCAGUUGCGAGACUACUGCUGGCCGGGCUUCUUCUCCAAGGCGGAAUUGGCGUACAGGAAGUACGAGCAGCGCGAGAAAUGCCGUGAGGAGCAGGUCCUGGAUCGACACCAGAUCUUCUGCAAUUCGGUCAAGAUAAAGAAACUGGCCGAAGUGGAGAAGCCCUAUGUGCCAUGCAUCCAUUCCUGUCCCAUAAACUGCUUCCAUCGUCGCGGAGUGCCAGCUGCGGACAGUACGGAGUCCUUCGACUAUGGCCGCCAUGUGUGCUACGAAGAAACACCGAUGCCGGGUGCCUGUCCCGGGCCUAUGCAGACAAUUCACAACGAUCCCCUUGACAAUUGCCGUAAGAUAAGCAGUCCGUCCAUUCACCUGCCACCCAUGCCUCCGAUUACCCGCAAGGACACUAGCCUGGCGGAUCGAGUCGCCUCGCGAGUUCACGACCUGAUAAUGACUGCCAAAGACACGGUGAAGGAAGCGGAGACUAAGAAGGAUCCAGAAGCGCUUUCAAGGGCCAUUUCAGUAUCCAAAGUCGGUGCAGAUGCUCCUGCAGCGGCAUCUCCGCCAUCUCGGGACUCAAAUCCACCCUUGCCUAAGUCGCAGCCCCCAGUGAGGCGCAGGACUAAGCGUUCCACCAAACGACCAACAGUUCCGGCCACAUGGAACGAUGUGCCGGCACCCAUUCCCAAUCCCGGUGGAACUUGGGGCGACGGAUCACUGCCCCAGCCCGCCAAGGCCAAGCCAAAGACCAAGUAACCGGCAAUCACAAAAGAUUUGGAUUUUAACAAAAUUUACGUUUCAAUAGCUUACUGUAUUGAUGUUGUUCAUUCGCCGCAGCAGAUAUAUAAAUAAAUAAAUGAAGAAAUGGGA